CUUGGCCUUGUCCUUCUACCUCUCGUUUCCACUUCUUAAAAGCAUCAUCACCGGAGUCUCUCUCAUGUCUUUAUGACAGAAUAGUAGACAAUUUCUCACCAUAAUUGCAAAGCAGUAUAUUUUGUAAAGCACGGGCCAGAAGUUAUUUCACUUACAAAAGUGCUUGUUGAAAAUUUGUGUGUGGAGGGGGCAGGGUCGCAUUCAUGGAACUUUGUGAUCUGUUGCUUGGCAACGGUACCUGCCAGAGUUAAGCUUCUGCACUCUGAACUGUCAGUUACGAAGCUUGGUGAGCCCUGUGGAUGGCUUCCUGCUACUAGGAGGAAAUGAAUUCUUCAUUACGCAGAGGGCUUGAAAAUUUGUACUUCAGAGCGCACCUCCAUCGCUAUGUCACAAUUCCUGUUCUUGACUCCACAAAUUCUCCUGCCCUUUAACCCUGUUACCUCUCAAGAAUUUGAUCUGAUCAGACACAAGGCCCGGGCAUCUUGGCAGAAUGAAACACGAUGGUCUGAUUCUUCUGUGACAACAUACUCAGGCAGCUACCACGAAAAGCAAUUGGACGAGUCCGUCUGCAGCCGACUUGCUUCUUGGACAGCAGGACAGUAUAAGCCUGGGUGUACACGGACAGUGUUGCUGAACAGAUCCACCUACAGUCCUCUCUUCUGUGGAGCUGGUGCCCAAGAGACUAAAGAUGUCAAAGGGCGAUUCCCUGAUAUAAACGGGCCCUUGAAAAAUCCAUUUGAUGUCAAGCACAGAGUGGCACACCAGAUUUGGUAUUCUGCUGAUGCUCCUCCUGCACUUCCGAAUUGUAGAAAAUCACGCACUUACACAUUGGAUGUCUCUUUACCCCUAGUUGUGAGAUCUAAGCAGCCAGCCCUGAAGACCCAGGUGAACCACAAAUGUGUGGAGAAAAUCUCAAAGCACGUACAAUGGGAUUCUUUAAGUAAAGUCCGCUCAUCCGCAGACUCAGAAACUGAUCAAUACUCCGAUUGCGGUCAGCGAGGGCUGCUGUCCUUACUUUUCUGACUUGGAAAACGAAGCCACAGGCUGGAAGCCCAGAGUGCGCGUGAUAGAGGACAGUGAGGGAAGGCACUGGCAUGUCUGCAGGAAGCCAUGAAGCACGUGCUGCGAGUAUGAAGAAAGGCUGCCUCCUGUCAGGUGAAACUGUCAAGGUUCCAAUUUGGGGACAUGGGAUGCUUGUGAGGCUUACUUCAAAGUUACGGGCAAGUCAUCUAAAAAAACAAGACAGGGUGAACUGCAGCGACAGUGUCAUCACUGGGCACACCAACCCUUAAGUCCAUUAAAAAUAAUGUCUGAACAACACUCA